CUCCCACCAACCCAUUUCUUUCCCACUCCUUCCCCUUCCAAAUCACGACAUCCAUAUUUCUCUCUCAUCAUUCAAAAAAGAUUCACAUUUUUUCUGGGUUUUCAAGAAUUUUGCAUUUCAUAACAUCAAGUCGGUGUUUCUUUGUUAUCUGGAUUUUAUACCAUCUCAUUUGGUCAUUUCUCUGGUUUUUUUGGGGUGUGGAAUCUUGGUUGACUUCUUUAUAUGUUCAACAACAUCUCUCAAUGGCGGCUUCUUCUUCUUCAUUCAACCCUAUUAGUUUCCCUGCUUCUUUUGAAGAAGCCCUAACGAAUUCAAAUGGGUUUCUUUCUCCUUCGAUUGUUUCCACAGAUUUCUUGAAGAAAGGAUCCCAAAUUCCCUCAGAUCACAAGGGCUUAACUUCAAGUUGUUGGAAUGCUAAAACCCCUGUUCUUACACAUGCAUCAAAGUCUCUGAGCAAACCCAUGAGAUGGUGGGAGAAGACACUUCCACCCAACAUGAUGGAGAUCAAAUCAGCCCAAGAAUUGGUGGAUAAACUAUCAAAUUCAGGGGAUAGAUUGGUCAUUCUGGACUUCUAUUCACCUGGUUGUGGUGGUUGUAAAGCUUUACACCCCAAGAUCUGUCAACUGGCUGAGUCAAACCCUAAUGCAAUUUUCCUCCAAGUGAAUUAUGAAGCACUCAAACCCAUGUGUCAUUCUCUCCGUAUUCAUGUUCUUCCCUUCUUCAGAUUCUAUAAAGGGUCAGAGGGCAAACUUUGUAGCUUUAGCUGCACCAUUGCAACUAUAAAGAAAUUUAAAGAUGCAUUAUCAAAGCAUGGAACAGAUGGGGGUGAUGUUGGUGCAGCCAAAGGAUUAGAGGAAUCUGAGUUGUUGACUUUAGCUUCAAGUCAAAUCUCAUAUAAUUUGCCAUUAGAGGAUUUGCCAUUAAAAUCAAGUGAGGGGGAUGAUUUUGUUCAUGAAGAGACUAAUCCACCAAUCAACAACUUACUUGUUGCAUAGCUAGUUUUAACAAGGGUUCAAGUCAUGGAAACACUAUCAUUGCGAACCAUUGUGAACCCAAGAAAUCUUGGUGCAUCCGUUUUCGGUCAUUGAAGUUGUACAUAAUGUUUUUAUACCCAAGAAAACUUGUUUGAUUUGUGGUUGAA